UGGCAAUGACAGCAUGCUCCCCCCACGCUCUCGUCUCGCCCAGCCCUCCAUCCAUCAUCCCUCAUCCAUCGCUCAUCUGAACACCAUGCAAGCACGCACGCACGCACGCGCACGAACCCUUGCUGCCAGGUAUCUCUGUAUGCACAUAGAUCCAUACAUACACUGGUCCGGUCUGUGUACAUGGACACACACACACACACACACACACUCAUACAUACGCACGAGCACGAUGCGAUGCGAUGCGAUGGGCGCACUGUGAAGCUGAUGACCCCCCUUGUGGUUUCAUUCCACCAUCUCAUUUCCCCCUCCACACGAACAUGUAGGUACAGCGGGGGGGCGUAAAUUUUCCCAUCCACUCCAUGAGCCGAGGAGGUUUUGCGGCGGGCGUAGCUAGCGUCGACGACGAUGGUGAGAGGGACCGUGCAGCGAUAGGAUAGGAUGGGAUGCAUCGGGGACUAAGCCGCAUAGGGCGCUUGCCCCGCGCCGCUCCUGCUCUGCUCUCGCGUGCUGCUGGCUGCUGCGAGCGAGUGAGUGAGUGCCUGAGUGCCUGGCUUGCCUGCCCGCCCGCCCGCCGCCUGUCCUGCCCUGCCCUGCUGCCCUGCCCUGCACUCUCGCAAGCUGCUGCUGGCGCUACUCUCUGCAGGCAGCCAGAGACACAGAGAGUGGGAGACUGGACGCUGCUGCUGCUGCUGCUGCUGCUGUGUUGCGGGGAAAGCCAUCAACUACUACCACCCGCCGCUAGCUACUACUACACCUAUUGCGCUUCACCACUCGUUGCUCUGCACGCUCUGCAUCGUCGCCCUGGCCAGGCCGGCUCCCGACUCCCUCCCUCUCCCUCCCACUCCCCAUUUCCACAUUGCCCUUCGUGUCUCAUUGCUUGCCCAUUGUUGUCUGCAUUUGUCUUGCCUGUUGCUGCAUUCAUCCCCUCGCCUUUGUCCCGGUAUGACUGACUGUCCACCUCACUCGCCGUCAUGCACAAUUACGAGCUGGCGAGCUGGCCGCCCGCCGCCACCAGCAACGCCUUUACCGCUCUCCGAGCAAGGCACAUGAGCCCAUGGUAGUGAGCGAGCAAGCACCACAUCAGCCUGCCAUUUCGGAGCAUCCGCUAUGACAUUUCCAUCCACAUCCCCGACUAGCUCAAGGCUUACCCUCCCACACACACACACACGCUCACCAGAGUAAGAGAGAGAGAGCCUCACCACCCACACCACCUCCCUCGUCGUAACCCGCCAGAUUAUCUCCCAUUCAUCUGUCCAUGUACACACUGGUACCUGCGCCUCUACCUGCCCUGUCCCUCCCUACCCUGCCCCGCCUUGCCUUGCCGCCUGAUCCCCCCCCUGGUGAACAUCACCACCUUUGUUCCAAGACAAAAAGUAAAAUGACACGCCGCGAUGCCCUGCCCUCGCUCGACAUGUGAAAUAUGGGGGGGGGGGGGGGGGUUUAGUUAGCAUGUCAUCUCGUUGCCUUUGCGACCGCGAGGUCAAUGCUCUGGAGAUAAGCCAGCACUCCAGACGCAAUCGCUCGCUUUACAAAGAAAAAAAUAUAGACGACUACGGAUCGGCUGCAAUCAUGGCCUUACUUUUUCACUCCCUGGCCCUCCCUCUCCUCCGCCGAUUAAUCUCGGAGCACCCCAAUAUCCUUUUUGUAAGCUAAAACACAAUUACCUCCACGGUAAUGCCGGUGCUACAGCCCCCCCUUCAUAUAAUUCAUUCCCUUGGAGACUCCCCCUUUGGGUACAGCCUUCCGUUCCCGUUGUUUGACCAUUUAUUCUUGCCUCCGGGGAAGAUAAUUGCCCUUUUUGGAUUAUGCUCUCUCUCUGUCUUUCUCUUGUUCGUUGCAGCGAGUCAAUGUCUUGAAACUUAGUAGCUGGUUCGCGCUCGCGGCCGUACUUUUUUUCGGUACUACCAACUCGGCGCCAUUGUCCACCACCUGUUGGACUGACUAUUGUUACUGUGCUAACUUGGCUGGCCAAAAAGGCGGUCAACCAAGCAAGAAGCCAGCCCUGGCACCAACAUCUCCCUCUUCUCUUUUCCGCCCGUUUUCCUAUUUCCCCCGUUCUUCUUCUCCUCUUCAAUCUGUCGUGCCUGCUUACUAAACACGUGCCCCUCCCAUCCUUCCACGGAUCAGACGGCCG